UGUAACCAAUAAAGUGUCCGCGAUAACAACGCUCCUUUUCUUUCUCCGCGGAUGUAGGAGAGCCCAACCUCGGACAUCAGAUGACAUUUGUACCGGAGCCGCCGCCAGAGGGGACGGGACUGAAUCAUAACACAUUCAUAUGAGGCUGAUGCAUGUUCCCAGUGAGGAGACGACAGUCUUCAGGAGCCACAUAACACCUCCCCUCCACCUUCAUCACCUCAUCCUAUCUCCAGGGGCAUGCCUUCUGAACCUAGCCUCAGCAGUGGGGAGAUGCUGACAGGACAGAGGCUCUGUCAGUCAAAGUCCCACCAGGACUUGGUGCUCUCCGCUCUCAACCAGCAGAGGAAGGAUGGCUUGCUGUGUGACGUCACCCUGGUGGCCGGUGAGCAGAAGUUCCACGCCCACAAAGCCGUCCUGGCAGCCUGCAGUGAUUACUUCAGGGCUAUGUUCAGCUUGUGUAUGGUGGAGAGUGAGGCAGACGAAGUAACUCUGCAAGGAGUGACCAGCGUUGGACUGAAGCACGCUUUGGACUUCGCCUACACAGGACAAAUCCUGCUGGAGCCGGCAGUGAUCCAGGAUGUCCUGUCUGCGGGCAGCCACCUUCAGCUGCUGGAGCUGCUCAGCCUCUGCUCACACUACCUCAUCCAGGAGCUGAGCAGUGUGAACUACCUGGAGCUGUACCGCGUGGCUGACCUGUUCCACCUCCCCACCCUGGAGGAAGCCGUGGUGGGCUUCCUGGUGGAGCAUCUGUCUGAGCUGAGCCACAGCCGGCAGGACGAGGCCCUGCAGCUGCCCUACCGCCUCCUCAGGGAGGUGCUGAAGAGCGACCGGCUCACCUCUCUGAGCGAGGAGGAGAUCUGGAAGGUACUGGAAGUGUGUGUCUCAGUGAGUCUGGUGGUUCUGUGGCUGGAACACGACUGCCGGUACCAGUACACCGAGGAUCUGAUCCAACACGUGCGCUACGGCCUGAUGGACGUCACCGCGCUGCACCACCUGGCCCGGAGCCACUCCCUGGUCCAGUCCAGCCCGACUGCUGCCUCCCUGGUGGAGGAGGCCUUGGACUACCACCACGGCACCUUCGCCCAGCCCCUCCGCCAGUCAGCCCGCACCCGGCCUCGCUUCCAGUCCCUCACCCUCUACAUAGCCGGGGGUAGGAAGCGGGAGUCGAGCAGGGUCAGGGAGCUGCGGUACUUCAACCCGGCCGCGCAGGAGCACGUACGGGUCUCAGGUGGCUCCAACUGGAGCGAGCUGGCACCCAUGCCCACGGGGCGCAGCCACCACUGUGUAGCUGUGAUGGGGAACUUCCUGUUUGUUGUGGGUGGGGAGGUGGAGCACUCCACCGGGAGGACGUGUGCCGUAAGGACCGCUUGUCGAUACGACCCCAGGGGAAAUUGUUGGACUGAGAUUGCUUCCAUGAAGGCCUGCCGAGAACACUUUGUCCUGGGGGUGCUGGGGCAGUUCAUGUACGCAGUGGGGGGGAGGAACGAGCUGCGGCAGGUGCUGCCCUCUGUGGAGCGGUACUGUCCCAAGAGGAACAAAUGGAUGUUUGUGCAACCCUUCGACCGCUCUCUGUCCUGCCACGCCGGCUGUGUGGCUGACAGCCUGCUCUGGGUCUCAGGUGGGGUGACAAACACAGCUCAGUACCAGAAUCGACUGAUGGUGUAUGACCCAGAGCAGGACCAGUGGUUGGCACGCAGUCCCAUGUUUCAGAGGCGGGUCUACCACGUGAUGGCGGCGGUGAGGCGGCAGCUCUACGUGCUUGGGGGGAACGACCUGGACUACAACAACGACCGCAUCCUGGUGCGCCACAUCGAGUCCUACAACAUGGACCUGGACCAGUGGACGCGCUGCUCCUUCAGCCUCCUCACAGGUCAAAACGAGUCCGGAGUAGCCGUCCACAAUGACAGGAUCUAUGUGGUGGGAGGAUACUCAAUUUGGACCAACGAGCCUCUGGCAUGCAUUCAGGUGCUGGAUCUGAGCUCGGAGGGGAAGGAGGAGGUUUUCUACGGGCCAACACUGCCAUUCGCCUCCAACGGGAUAGCGACGUGUUUCCUACCUGCUCCUUACUUCACCUGCCCAAACCUACAGACUCUACAAGUACCCCAUCACAGGAUAGGUGCUGUUUAAUCCUCUGAUGAACAAAACGUCAAAGAACACAAACACAUGAACUAACCAGAGAAUGAAGGAGCCUCAACACAAACUCUGGACCGUCAGUAUUUGCAAACGUACCGGAUCUUUGCUAUCUUUCCGGAACCUGCCCUCUCUGUCACACGAGGGAAGAUCCAAAUUGAAUAACUUGACUUCAAGAGCCAUGUUAUUCUGCAACUCACUAACAAACCACUGUCACAAUAUUAUAGCAUAUCUGUUGUUCUUUCCCCUAAUACUGAGGCACCACUCAUGAUGCCCAGUGAAGCAAGGUAAGAAAAAAAUAUUCCUGAGGGAUUAUAAUUCCCUGAGAAAACAGGAAAUAAAUCCCAUUACCAAAUAGAGACUUGUGGGAUAUGAAUGCAUUGAUCAAUGGUCCACUUGAAGUCAAAGACACUGACCUGUAUGGGACCUAUUACAGGGCUGUAGGAGCGUUUCUAGCUCAAAUCUCUGUAUCAUUUCAUCAGACCUCUAUAAUCACUUUGGUGGCCUAAAAACAAUAUAAAAGACAAAGCUUGUUAUCUCAUUGACUCACAUGUACUUUGAAAUUAAAGAUACGAUCGGCAAGUGUUAAGAGCUUGAAGCUGAAGCCCACAUAAAAAGAUAAAUAACCAUUUAAAAAUUAAAAUCAGGUAAUAAUGACUUGAUUUGAAUUUAGAAAAGACUACGGCAGCCCUGAAAGGCAAGUGAAAAAAACCAUCUGACAUAAAUUGUUUACUCUCCUGGGUUCAAGACUUAAGAAUAACCCCAUUUAAAAAAACAACAACAUUUGGCUCAACAUUGACCCCUGUACUACAAAAAAAAAACAUUUUCCCCACCUGUUUAUCAAAUAAUAUAAUUAAGCAAGAUCAUCCAGGCAAAACCUUUAAAUCCCCCCUUUUAAUUAUGAACCAAAACAUUAUAAUAAAUAACCACAAUUUCUCUCAUUUGCCUCCAUACACUUCUGGAUGUGUGUAUGUUAUUUAAAAAUGUAAGUGAGUGUGAGUUUGCUCAGGGCCGAAGACUAUUUAUUAUCAAAUGAAUGUCCGUCAUCAUUAAGAGAAUAUCUAUGGAAUAUACUCCAAAAAAGUGUCUACUAUAUUAUAAUAUCACUCCAGUGUGCAAAUCUACUUUGACCAAAAGAAAGACAAUGUCUCUGCACUUCCCUCUCCUGUCCAAAACAACAUGUCUCAAAGAAUAUAUGGCACAUUUUCAAAAUAAAAGAAGCUAUGUACAUUUA